GCAAACGAAAAGUCGUUCUCCGAAAAGUACGUUCGCUUGUGAUGAGAACUAACUUUGAUUCAAAAAUUUGUUAUUCUGUUACAAUAACAGAUGGAGUAGAAGUUUCUAAUAUAGUUGCACGUCUAGUUACAUUAUCGGAUUUGUGGUUAGAGCUCAGCUUGCUUGCGCGCCGCGAAUUUGCGAUACGAGCGUGACGAACGCGGAGUGAGUGUAUACUGAAAAUAAACAUAGUGGUGUAGUGACAAGAGCGCGGGUUGAACGAUGUCUUCGCCGAAUAAAAAGGCCAAGGAAUUAGAGGAUCCAGGUUCGGGCGAGGGUGUUGAAUCUCGUGAUUAUGAUAUUGAAAUACAGAAGACACUCGAAGAAAUCGACGGGUGUCAGAAUCAAAUCGAUGGCCUCAAUGAGAAGGCCAGCGACGAAAUCCUCGAAGUUGAGAAGAAGUAUAAUAAGUUGCGUAAGCCCUAUUUUCAGAAGCGGAAUGACAUUAUCAAAAGGAUACCCAAUUUUUGGGUUACUGCUUUUGUAAACAAUAAAGAAAUAGCAGAAAUAUUGGAAGAAGAUGAAGAAGAUGCGCUUCGGUUUUUAAACAAAUUAGAAGUUGAAGAAUUUGAAGACAUCAAAUCUGGAUAUAGAAUUAAUUUUUAUUUUGAUGAAAACCCAUAUUUUGAAAAUGAUGUUCUUACAAAGGAAUUUCAUCUAGGUUCUUCUGGAGAUCCAGCAUCACAAAGCACACCUAUACGUUGGAAAGAAGGCGCAGACUUAACGAAAAGAGCAAAAACCAAAGCCCCACUGAAAGGUCGUAAAAGGCCACUGAAACACAGGUCAUUCUUUGAUUGGUUUACGGAUCAUGGGGACCCAAGUUCAGACGAAAUAGCAGAGUUAAUUAAAGAUGAUAUGUGGCCUAAUCCAUUGCAGUAUUAUUUGGCACCAGAUAUGGAUGUUGAAAACGGUAUUGAAGGGGAUGGCGAAGAAUGUGACACAGAAGAAGAGGAGGAGGAAGAAGAAGGUGGUGCGGAUGACGGCGAUGAAGCAGGGGAGGGUGAAGAAGGAGACGAUAGUAUAGUUGUGGUUGAAGAUGAUGUGGAUGAAGAUGAAGAGGAAGAAGAGGCUGUGAAUGAUGAAGACGAUGGGGUAAACGAAGAAGACGAUUUUUUAGUAGACGACGAAGUUGUUCGUGAAGAUGCAGAUGGGGAAGAACCAGAAUAGGAUUUGAAGUUUGUUUCUCACAGCAAUGGUUACAGUCAUAGACAAUGAAAAAAGAAUCGCUGAAAAUACGCAUCACAUUGAUUGAAAAUAGAUGAAGUGUGCAGGACAGAGUAUAAUGAGCCAUAUGAAUAAACCUCGGGACGAUAUUGAGAAAAAUAUAAAUAGAAAACUGAAUUAAACAGACCUAAUCUUUAUCGGCGCAAAUGAAAAUCGCGUGUACAAAAGUAACAAUAUUUACUCGAUUGUGCCGAAAUUAAAGAAAAUACGGUCUUACAUAAAUUAGAUAGGUUUUACACAGUACUUUUUUUUUUUUAAUAAUGGAAUAUAAUAGAGUACCGGAAAUUCCUAAGUUAUAUUCAUAUGGCCUAGUCAUUCUCUAUAUAGUAGGUAUACGAUGAAGAACACCUGCUCAACUUCAUUGUGUUACAAUUACAUUAAGGAGUAAAUAAAUUAUAAGAUGUAACAAGAUUGUGGACAGGUGUUCUUUUCAUCUUGUUUCCUCACGAAUAUUUGUUCUAUUACAUUAAUUCCGGAACGAGGUGUUUUAGAUAUUUUUGAGAGUGACAAUACAGCAAAUAUUUGUCGCUGAGAGAUUUAUUUUUUUGUAACAGUUAAAUAAUAGAUUUGUAGAAAAUUGUAACUAAUACAUUUACUUCUCUAUAUACGACUAUUUAAUAAGUUACUUUGAAAGUGGAUUAACAACAUAUCGGAAAAUGUAGGGACAUGUACAAAAGUGUAUAAAACGUACAUAAUUUCUUUUUUUUUUUUAUAAAAUCAUUAUUUUUCAUACGAUUAUUUGUAUUGUUUGGAUACUACUAUUUUAUGAUAAAGAAUGUUAAACUUACAUUAUUUUUAUCUGCAGAAAAAAUAUAAAAAGGAUGUAUCGAUUAAGAGUUUUUUAAUUAUUUAAAAUUAUACUUUAAUCUAGUGAUAGUUUAAGUUAACGAAGUAUAUCCUAUUGUAUUUAUGCAUGAAAUUUUAUCUAAACCCGGCGCAACGCUACUAUUCCACAUGUAUAGAGAAAGAAAUAUUAAUUUCAAUGAAUGAUGAAUUGAAACUUGUCACGCUCAAAAUGUAAAUUGAUGUACGAAAAGUCACCUCGUUCUUAUUCUUCCAGAUUUACGUUAUAAACAUUUCUACUAUUUGGAAAAGAAAAUACGUCUGAAGCGUUUUUCACGAGACUUCUGAUUCUAGCAGCAUCUUUUUAAAUUACUGUUACGAUCCGAAGGUGAUGUUAGAAUCAGAAGUAAUCACAACCCUGUUAUAUUUCCAGCGAUGUGCCAACGAUGGAUCACAUUGCAAACGAUUUUAAAUCUCGGUACGAAUAAAAGGUUCUAUUAAAAAUUUCAUCGGCGUUCCCUAUGGAAUCUAGGAAAAAUCAAAUAAUUAAAUCGCUCAAAACAAAUGUAUGAUUUAAUUGCUAUAUAAGAAACGUUUUUGAAAUGAAACCUGUUUGGUAGAUCUUGGAUAAAAGAUAAUUUCGAACUUAAAGAGAUAAUCUUUCUAUUCAAAUUAUUAAUGAUAUUGAAAAAUCUCUUAGUAUAAGAUUCCUAUUUUUCUACGGUAACAGUUAACGUUUAACGAAGUUAACAAUUAUUUGAUUCGUCCUAGAAUACUUUGACCCUCGGGCAGCGGAUCAUAGAAAGAGUCCCACAUUUUAUUCGUUUUUUUUUUUUUAAUUUUACACUUUCUGUAAGAAUUAUGAAACUAUUUUAUUGACAAACUAUACAUUUAAAUUUAGGUUGAUAUUCUUGUAUAUGUAUUGUUACUGAAGAUUUAUAUUGACCCAGACUCCGUUGUUCGAGGAUUAAGGUGCGCACUCAUAUACAAAUAUAUUCUAUUGUGAAACUUACCAGCCACUAUCCUGGAAAUGUUCAGUGCUAAGCAUGGUAGGCUUCCCUAGGUAAAACUUCAUUUAAUAUUUAUUCUAUCAUUAAAUACUUUUUGAAACUUUGUUUUCUGAUAUGUACAAAUCCGGAUCUAAAAAUUAUGAAACUUGGCAUUCAAUAUUGGAAUUUUCAAACUUUAAAAUUUGAAUUUUGGGGAUUUUGAAAUUUUAUAAUAUUUAAUAAUUCAAAAUUAAAAUUUUGGUGAGACAUCGCUAUUUUUCCUAGAGAAGCCAAUUGUGUUCCAUACUGUUUAACGUUAUUGAAAAAUACACGUGACAUAAUAGUCUUGCGUCUAUAAUGGUCGCACAAAGGGACACCUGAAGUCCGAAACGAAAAUGAACCAGAAUAGACAUAAAAACAAACUGGAUGUAAGCAUUUUUUGAAUCAAUCGGCGUAAUCGUGUCACGCAAUCAUACAACAAAUGAACGAAAUAAAGUUGUCAGUUUAAGAUAGGAAUGAGUUUUUAUAUUUGAAACUACUUAUAAGAUUAAGGUGAAUAUAAGACAUUUUAAUACAAGAAAUGAAUUGGACACACAUUUUUUAUCUGAAAUGUUUACUUUCCAUCGAUCACAAGAAGUCCCAUGAGAAUAAUCUAAUCUGAUUGGUCACGUAUUUUCAGUCGUGACGUAUCAUUGGUCGAAGCGAUCACAUCACUAAUUAGGCUGGUGUCAGUUGAUGUGUGCGUAGUACCCCGUCUUGCCUCUGUGCUGUUCCGCGAAACUUCUUGUGAUCGGUGGACAGUACUUACUUUUUACAUCAUCUAGGAAUAAAAGAAUUUUGUUGUAUCAAUUUUUAAACAAACAAUCAUUUUUCUACGUUUUGCUUUUAUUUGUCAGUAAAAACUUUCUAAACUACUAGAUUUUACUUAUAAUUUUCUUCUUUCUGUUACAAAAAUGUUGUUUUCUUGAAGAUUGAUAUGACAAAGGAAGGAGAUGAAAGGGAGGAACGAUCAUGAAAAAUGUAAUGCAUAGCGGUAAAUGUAAGAUUUAAACACGCAUUGUUCUAUUAUUUAUACUUGAAAACUGUAAAAAAAUUCGUUACAAAAAUGUUUGAUUGGUGUAAAGGGAAGCAGGGAUGUGAAACAAAACGGCGAUUAUUCGAAUUGUUGUCCGAGUUAAAUUUCUCUUCAAUAAAUAACAAUGUUUUCUAAAAUUUUAGAACAUCGAGCAUGAUGAACUUCCUCAGGAAAAAUGGCGCCUUAGGGCAGUGAGGUGCAGUGUGGGAUUUCUGGCACAUGCGUAGUAAGUAAGCAUUAGGAGUUUCUCAGUGACGUACUUCUUUAAAUAUAAGGUAUCAGUAGGUUCCAGAAAUUAUAAUGAGGGGAGAAAGUUUUAAUUUAAUGAAAUCGAAUAUUACAUAAAUAAUACCAAUAAAAUGUACUGCUAUU